AUGGCACCCGGUCUUUUCAUCAACGCCAUGGGAUAUGAAAACCGAACUGAGUUUCAUUUUUGUACCUUUUCACGCCUUCCUGAGACAAAAUAGGUUAUAUUUGUGUUCUUUCUAUUCCUCUACAUGCUCAGCCUUUGUGGGAAUGCUGCUGUAGUGCUCAUUGUCCAUGCCGACUACUCCCUCCACACCCCCAUGUAUUUUUUCUUGGGCAACCUGGCUGCUCUGGAGAUCUGCUACUCUUCUGCAAUUGCUCCCCUGGCCCUGGCCAACCUUCCAUCCAGCAACAAUGCCACCAUCUCCUUAAAUGGAUGUGGAACUCAAAUGUUCUUCUUUGUCUUCCUUGGAGGGACUGACUGUGUCCUACUGGCCAUCAUGGCAUAUGACCGAUAUGUGGCAAUUUGCCACCCACUGCGUUAUAUGAUCAUCAUGAGCAAAACAGUCUGUACAUGCCUUGUAGCUGCAUCCUUGCUGCUAGGGUUCCUGUUGUCCCUACAGCUGACUAUCCUUAUCUUCCGUCUGCCAUUUUGUGGCAGCAAUGAAAUCAAUCACUUCUUUUGUGACAUUCCAGCCAUCUUGAGGUUGGCUUGUGGUGACACUCAUAUCCAUCAGACUGCUCUCUUUAUUGUUAGUGCCAUGGUCCUGACCAUACCCUUCCUUCUAAUCUGUAUCUCAUAUACCUUAAUUGUGGCAGCCAUCUUGCAGAUCCGCUCCACCCAAGGCCGCCAACGAGCCUUCUCUACUUGUUCUUCCCACUUGAUGGUUGUCCUUUUACAGUACGGCUGUUGCAGUUUCAUAUAUUUACGCCCCAGCUCCAGCUACUCACCAGAAGAAGGUAGAGUGGUGUCUGUGGUUUAUACCUUUGUUACUCCCCUAUUAAACCCUCUGAUUUAUAGCAUGAGAAACAAAGAAUUAAAGGAUGCACUGAACAGAGCCUUUAGGAGAAGAGUGCUUUCCCAGAAAAAAUGA